UUGCCUUUGUGCAUACUGCAUCGGCGCCAAGAGAACGCGCGGGUUUUUUUUUUCUGUGACAGUGAUAGCUAAAUAUUGUGCCAGUGACAUUUUUUUAAAAAGUGAAUUAUUAUUUUAAACUGCACAAUGGGAUCACUGCCGCGCGUUUCUGUGGUCACCGGGCAAAGAGUGUCAGCACCGGCUGGACCUCUGACCAAUAUGAUGGACAAUCUAACAGCUAGAGACGCCACUGCUCUCAUUUAUAAAGAUGAGACAAGUUGCGUUCAUGUGAGCUACGCGGAACUGCAGGCCCGCACUAACGCUCUAGGCCGGGCCAUUGCCGCCCAUGCGCGCCCUGUCGGACCUAACAGGGAUGGUGAUUUCGUUAUAGCCGUAUGCAUGGAGCCCACGCAUAAUACAAUAAUGACUCUGUUAGCGAUAUGGAAGGCGGGUGCAGCGUAUGUUCCGAUGGACCCGAGCUUCCCGCAGGGCAGGAUCUCACACAUACUAAAGGAUGCGGAGCCAUCCCUUGUAAUAUACGAUAACACAGCAAAUCCCUCUAUGUUCUCCGGGUGUGGAAUACCGGCGGUAUCAUUUGACGAACUAUCUUUAGAAGCCAGUGGCUUACCGGGAGAUAAGCCGAGCGAUUCAGAAAUGCUAUUACAGACGACUGCCGAGAGUAUUGCUAUAGUUCUUUAUACUUCUGGAAGCACGGGAAUACCGAAAGGUGUGCGUCUAACAUAUUCUGCUAUCUGCAACCGUCUUUGGUGGCAAUUCCGUACCUUCCCGUACACCGAACAGGAAAGGUUCUGCGUUUGGAAGACCGCUUUAACUUUCGUAGACUCUGUAUGCGAGAUCUGGGGACCUUUGCUGCACGGCAGGACCCUAAUUAUCCUAUCUAGAGAGACGACCCGAGAUCCUCAGAAAUUGGUUCGGGUCCUAGCGGAAAAUGAGGUACAUCGGUUGGUAUUGGUCCCGACGCUACUCCGGUCUAUUCUAAUGUACCUCUCUCUAAACCGGUCCGAAAGACCACUACAAUCCCUCAAGCUAUGGGUUUGUUCUGGUGAAACUCUCAGCAAGGAACUUGCGGGACAAUUCUUCCAGUACUUCGGUGAUAAUGAAGGCUACAAAUUGGCUAACUUCUACGGAAGUACAGAAGUCAUGGGAGAUGUAACAUUUUAUGUUCUGGAACGUUCUCAGCAGUUGGACAUACAUCCUACGAUACCGAUUGGCAAGCCAGUCGACAACUGCGCCAUCUAUCUACUAGACGAAGAGAUGAACCCUGCUCGCGAAGCAGAGCCUGGCGAAGUUUGGGUUGCGGGCAGUAAUCUAGCUGCAGGAUACGUCGGCGGACAAGCGCCUGAGAAGUUUUGCUACAAUCCUCACGCCUCGCAUCCAGAUUUUGGCAAGCUAUACCGCACUGGAGACUUCGGUGUACUGCACAAGGGAAUGAUCCUGUACGCGGGUAGAACGGACUCGCAAGUCAAGAUCCGAGGUCACAGAGUAGAUCUAUUGGAAGUGGAAACCGCGGUGUCAGCCGUGGAAGGAAUCGAGAAAGCGGUGGUCCUCUGCUAUGGACUGGAGCGUGGCAACCCUGAAGUGCUCGCCUUUGUGACCAUAUCACCUGACGCGAGGCUCUCAGCACACCAUAUUGAGGCAGCCCUGAAGAACUCUCUCACACAUUAUAUGCUACCACAGGUGAUUGUGAUAGAGACUGUUCCAUUGUUGGUGAACGGCAAAGUAGACAGACAGGCUCUACUCAAGAUGUACGAGAACACUAACAACAAUGAUGACUCAGAGAUAUCUUUCGACAUUGAUUACACUGGAGUGGAAGCAGAGAAGUUGGAAGCAGCUAAGGUCCUCUUUGAGACGGUAGGAGAGGUCCUCGGGAGGGCAGCAAGAGGGACACUCUCGGUUAGAGCGGGAUUUUACGAGCUGGGAGGGAAUUCCCUUAAUUCUAUAUACACCAUCACUAGACUGAGAGACAGAGGAUAUUAUAUUGAUAUUAGUGAGUUUCUGGGAGCUGCCAACCUGGGCGAUGUGUUAGCCCACAUGAGCUCCGGUCCAGACCACGAGACCGGCGGCUACGACCACAAGUUUAAAGCAGUGGCAAUGAAUGAAGAUCAUGAGCAGCAAGUCAUCGACAUGAUCGUAUCAUCGUUCUACGAGAAGGCGGAGUUGGAACAGUUUUUGAAACACGAAAUCGAAACGGAGGACUAUGCGCACUGCAUCAGAGCUUGCUGGGCCGCGCUGUUGCAGGCUAGGCUCAGCGUUGUGCUAGAAGAUCAUUCUGGAACACCUGUAGCGGUUGCAUUGAAUUUUGACGCACGGGACGAGCCUGAGAUUGAAUUAAACGGCGGUCUUGCCAAAAUCAUGACAUUCCUUGAAUUCGUUGAGAGCUCAGUUAGAGAUACCAUGCUGCCUGAAGGAAAGGGAACGAUUCUGCACUCAUUCAUGAUGGCAACAGCAUCCUCAUUGAGCCCACAAGACAACGUGGCGGCAAUACGUGCCCUGGAACAUGCCACUAUGAGGAUUGCACGCGAUAGACGAUUCCAUGGAGUGUUCACUACAAACACAAGCCCGUUGACUCAGCAACUGGGUACUGACGUGCUAGGCUUCCAAACUUUACUGGAUUACCAAAUAAACGAAUACAUCGACCCUAACGGAGACAGAAUUUUCGGAAAAGCGCCUGAUGACAUGAGAGCUAUCGUCUGCUGGAAACCUAUUGAAUAGUUUUGCUAUUUAAAAAAUAUAGGUAUCUUUACUCUAUGGUAUUAGUAAUGUUAAGGCAUAGACUAAUGCACUUCCUAAUAGAAUAAAAAGACAUCCAAAGUAAUAGCAAUGUUAUGAGUUGUGUGAAUUCGUUUUAAGUUUUUUUUUUAAACUCGACAUCAAUUUAAACCUCUAUGGCCAGUCGACGAUAAGCAAGAGUUAUAUAAAAAAAUGUUUUGUUUUUUAGUUUGCACUGCCUAAAUAUAGGAUAUAUUUUUAUCUGCAUUAAAUAUAGCAACAUUUUGUAAUAUGUCUAUUAUUGUGAAAAAAAUACAAUAAAAUUUAUGACGCAAAAAAUCGGAAAGAUUGGUCUUAAAGUAAGUAUCCAGGACAUUCCAAGUAGUCUUGUUAGGCUUUAUUGGCUAGCACUAAACAAUUAUUAUUAAUUAGAUUAAAUAUAAUAGUGUGAUAUAUAGAUUUAGGUUACUUAGUAUUUAUAUUACAUAAUUAAAGUACAAAAUGUAAUAUAUAUGAUUAUAAUUGUUAGUAAACCACAGUUAUAACUUAUUUUAAGUUAACAUUGUAAUAAUGUUCAUAAUAAAUUCAUAAAUUCGUAAAUUCGUAAAUUACAAAAAUCUUUUAUGGCAACAUUGCAAGUUUGUGGAGAAAGCUAUAACAAUUAUGAUUAGAUAAAACAUUCCCAGUUUUGUAAACAGUGAUAAAUAUUAUAUUAUUGUAUUAUAGUGUUAAUUUUGACAGUCAUCGGAUUUCUAAAUAAGAUCUCCACAUCAAGAAUAUUGUGAUAAAUAUUAAUUUUGUUUAAUUUUAAUUGUUACGAAUUAUUCUAUAAUUAUUAUUUCAAAAUAAAA